AUGGGAGGCUCUGCGGGCUCGCUGCGACGCCUUUCCGAUUCCGAGGGAGAGUUGAUCUCCCAGGAAUCUGAGGAUCCGCGGCGCCCUCAGGACCGGCAGGGCGCCCAUUGGAAGAACGUGGUUGGCUUCUGGAUCUUGGGCCUUUGCAACAACUUCUCUUACGUGGUGAUGCUCAGCGCUGCUCAUGACAUCCUCAGCCACCAGAAGGAGUCUGGAAACCAAAGCCAUGUAGGCCCAGGCCCCCACAAUAAAUCAUCUCGCUUUGACUGCAACCCUGUCUCCACAGCUGCGGUGCUCCUGGCAGACAUCCUCCCCACACUCGUCAUCAAAUUGCUGGCUCCCUUCGGCCUUCAUCUGCUGCCCUACAGCCCCCGGGUUCUCUGCAGUGGGUUAUGUGCGGCUGGAAGCUUCAUCCUGAUCGCGUUUUCCCGCUCGGUGGCCAUCAGCCUGUGUGGUGUGGUCUUGGCUAGCAUCUCAUCAGGCCUGGGGGAGGUCACCUUCCUCGCACUCACUGCCUUCUACCCCAGGGCUGUGAUCUCCUGGUGGUCCUCAGGUACCGGGGGAGCAGGGCUACUGGGGGCAUUAUCCUACCUGGGCCUCACCCAGGCUGGCCUCUCCCCCCAGCACACCCUGCUGUCCAUGCUGGGCAUCCCCGUCUUGCUGCUGGCCAGCUAUUUCUUUUUGCUCACAUCGCCCGAGCCCCAGGACCCUGGAGGGGAAGAAGAGACAGAGAGAGCAGCUCGGCAGCCCCUGAUAAGCAGCGAAGACCCUGAGACCCCCCAGCGGAAGCCAGACUCCAGCUCAGGCCUCUCCCUUUAUGAGAAGUGGACUGUGUUCAAGGGCCUGCAGUAUUUCAUCCUCCCGCUGAUCCUGGUUUACUUUGCUGAGUACUUCAUCAACCAGGGGCUUUUUGAACUCCUCUUCUUCCGGAACACGUCCCUGAAUCACGCUCAGCAGUACCGCUGGUACCAGAUGCUGUACCAGGCCGGGGUCUUUGCCUCCCGCUCCUCUCUUCGCUGCUUUCACAUCCGCUUCACAUGGGCCCUGGCCCUGCUGCAGUGCUUCAACCUGGUCUUCCUGCUGCUGCACGUGUGGCUGAACUUCCUGCCCAGCAUCUACCUCGUCUUCCUGAUCAUUCUGUACGAGGGGCUCCUGGGGGGUGCCGCCUACGUGAACACCUUCCACAACGUCGCCCUGGAGACCAGUGACGAGCACCGGGAGUUUGCCAUGACAACCACCUGUAUUUCGGACACCUUGGGGAUCUCCCUGUCAGGGCUCACGGCCCUGCCCCUGCACGACCUCCUCUGCCACCUCCCCUGA